AUGUUCAAAUUUGUGUCCUUCUUAGCUUUGUUGGCCGUAGCCGUGGCCACUCCAGGCUUCGUCUCGGAAACCCAUGUUGUCCAGCCUGUGUUGAGCAAAGUCGCACAUGUUGUUCCAACAUCUGUGUCACAUCAAAGCUAUAGUCAAGUCCAUAGCACAAGUCAUGUUGUUAGCCCAGUUGUGAAGACCGUUGCCGCUCCUGUUGUUCACACCUAUGCAGCUCCAGCUCCUAUUGUCAAAACUGUUGCCGCUCCAGUUGUCCACACCUAUGCCGCUCCAGCUCCUAUUGUCAAAACUGUUGCCGCUCCAGUUGUCCACACCUAUGCUGCCCCUGCUCCAAUUGUAAAAACCGUGGCCCCAGUAGUAAAGACUGUAGUUGAACCUGUUGUCCCCGUGGUCAAAACUGUUGCCACUCCAGUCGUCCUCAACUACUCAACCCCCGUGGUUAAGACCGUCGCCACUCCCGUUGUCCACACCUACUCUGCUCCAGUCGUUAAAACUAUUUCCACUCCCGUGGUUGCCAAAGCUAUAACUCACCACUCCAACAGCCAAAUUCACCACCACACCUCGGUUGUAUCGCCUGUUGUUAAAACCGUUGUUCCCGCACCAGUUGUUCCCGUUGUUCAUGCUGCUCCAGUUGCCAAAACUAUUGCCUCACCAGUUGUCCACACAUAUUCCGCUCCUGUUGUUCAUGCUGCUCCCGUUGUCAAAACCAUUACCACACCAAUUGUUGCCAAGGCUGUUACCCAUCACUCCAAUGUUCAGGUCCAUCACCACACCUCGGUCGUAUCACCUGUUGUUCAUCAUGCCGUUCCCUUUGUCAAGCCAGUAUAUGCCCACUAA